AUGAAACAGGACCCAGAGAGUUGUGUUCUUCCUCGGUCUACGGGACUACCCUUUAUCGGCACCCUGAAACCGGAAGAUCUGCCGCCUGUUGUCAAACCUGCAUUUAAAUCCUCCCCCGUGAAAAACAAACUGGGUUGGUCCGAUGGAUUGGAGACGGCAGUCACUAAUGAGCCCCCCAGCUCCACUGAUUCUAGGCUUGCUCAUAAUCUGGCGAUCCAGAACAAAAGGCUCAUGUGCAUGCAAGAUGACUUCUCUGACUGGUGCUCUUCGCUGACCUGCCAGCUGCUCCUGCUUCCCAUCAUCGCUCAAACUAUGGAAAGGCACUGCAGCACACAUGUUACCUAUGUGAACGACAACUGCGGCUGUUCUGUCUGGAAUGUCGUGGGACGCGAGUUUAACAAAUUGGUCUGUACGGGUCCAUCGGCGUUAUCCAACCUCCUAUGUGUUCGCGAUGCUGUCGUCGCGACACCUCCCCUUCUAAAAACCUGUCUCCCUUCAGUGCAAUCUCCCGAUUCCCUUUCCAAACCCCCUCUGGUGGCUGUUGCGGAGAAAGUAGCGCCCUGCCUGCAAUGCCUCCUUCCCUUCCUGCCCUCAUCGCGCUGGCUAAGCCGGUCGGCGUCUUCUCACCCUCGUUUCGCCUUGAGUUUCACUGCGUCCUCGGGCAAGCUGGUGGCUCUGCAAAAUCUUCUGAAAGACCUAAUUUUGGGUGAGUUACCACCUAUCAGCAACCACGACACCCACAACGUCGCCCGGGUGCCCUGGCGUCCGCGCUGCAUUUUCCUUGUGGCCCACCGGACGACUUGCCUCGACCUUCUCCAGGCCUGGCUCGCCUGUCAUCCCCUCUUCAGCGCGCUUACUCACCUCCGUCUUCCCUCAGAUCACCUGGAUACGACCGCGGAGUUGAACAGCUGUCUGGAACGCGUUAACAACUGGCCCCUCGGUUCCCACGGCCCCCUCCUCGUAUUGGUUCAUGCCCGUGCGCCCAGUCUCAGUUUGUCGGGUCUUAGGGCCGGACCGGACACUCGAGUUGUUGUGCUGGAUGCGGAUUGGCGAAUCGAAGUUGUCGACGGCCUACGCACCAAGUUCGUUCCCCUUUACGACUUAAUCUUAACAUCGCUGAUCAGCCUAUUAACGUUUUUGGUUUAA